AAAAACAUUCCAGAAAGGCAGAAAACUGGCACAUCGGGAUUUACCUAACAGAUACUAGCAGCUGGCUUUGACUCUGCAGAGAACAGAGAAGAUGGCCUUCAUUGCAGCUCUAGGGCUCUUAAUGGCUGAGAUCUGCCCUGCUGUCAUCUGCUGCUCAGAUGGCACACUAGGAAUGCACAAUGCAGUCCAGAAAGGCCAGGACACUCAAAAACAACUGGACAGUUUAACACUGGCUUCCAUCAACACUGACUUUGCCUUCAGUUUCUACAAGGAGCUAGCUUUGAAGAAUCCACAUAAAAAUAUUGCCUUCUCUCCCUUUGGCAUCGCAACUGCUCUGAACUCCUUGACUCUGGGAGCAAAGGGCAACACCUUGGAAGAGAUUCUAGAAGUUCUUAAAUUCAAUCUGACAGAAACAUCUGAGGCAGACAUCCACCAGGGCUUUAAGCACCUCCUACAGAGGCUCAGCCAUCCAGGGGACCAGGUACAGAUCAGGACAGGCAAUGCCCUGUUUGUUGAAAAGCACCUGCAGAUCCUGGCAGAGUUCAAGGAGAAGGCAAGGGCUCUGUACCACACUGAGGUCUUCACAGCCAACUUCCAGCAGCCUCAUGAAGCUAUGAAGCUCAUCAAUAGCUAUAUGAGCAAUCAGACCCAGGGGAAGAUCAAGGAACUGGUCUCAGACAUGGAUGGCAAUACAUCUAUGGUGAUAGUGAAUGAUCUCUUUUUUAAAGCGGAAUGGAUGGUGCCUUUUAACUCUGAUGACACGUUCAUGGGAAAAUUCAUAGUGGACAGGAGUAGGCAUGUGAAAGUGCCAAUGAUGAAAACUAAGAACCUGAGGACACCCUACUUCCGGGAUGAAGAGCUGAAAUGCACUGUGGUGGAGCUGAACUACAAAGGCAAUGGCAAGGCCAUGUUCAUCCUCCCUGACCAGGGCAAGAUGCAGCAGGUGGAAGCCAGCUUACAACCAGGGACCCUGAAGAAGUGGAGGAAAUCUUUGAGGCCCAGGAAGAUAAAAGAGCUCCACUUACCCAAGUUCUCCUUAUCCCAACACUACAACCUAGAAGACAUCCUUCCAGAGCUGGGUAUCAGGGAACUCUUCUCCACACAGGCUGACCUUUCUGGCAUCACAGGAGUGAAGAACAUAACAGUCUCUGAGAUGAUCCACAGCACUGAGCUGGACAUGACUGAGAAAGGCACAGAAGGAGAUGCAAUCACAAUAGUCGGAUACAACUUCAUGUCUGCAAAACUUAAACCUGUGUUUGUUAAAUUUGAGGACCAAUUCCUGUACAUUGUUUUAGAUCAAGGUGAUUUGUGGAUCCAUGUAAUGGGCAAGGUUAUCAACCCCUCAGAAAAGUAGAACUUCCCGAGUUGUGGGGCUUCUUUCCAAGCUAACAGAUUGAGUCUUUAUGCAAUUUUCAGCUUCCACCCUCUCAUAGGCUGUGGCAUUUUUGUAAUCAAACAGUGCCCUUGACUAACUUUACUAGUCACAUUUCACAUGAGCCUGUGGAUGGUCUGGGUCAAGCUCCUAGUCUUCUUGGCAACACGAGCUCACCUUCCUGAGCCUGAACUCAGCCUUUCCUCUGCUCCCCUGUUUACUCCCCUUUACCUGUGACUAUCAAAAGCCUGGGCAGGUUGGCUCACUCCUCUGAUAUGCUCUGAUCAUGUCUGCUUUCCACUUCUGCAGCCUUGGUGGAACUAUGAAAGUUUACAGGCCAACCCAUAUGGACAACAGGACAAGGUACAAGACAGGAACAUUCUGCCCUGUCUAUUUGUAGCAUCUGAAACACUUGGUGCCCAGUUUCUGCCUCACUCUUUCCUUACUAUCGUCUGUACCACCCACUGACCCUUGCAGGGUCUCCUGACUCUGUCCACACAGUUGGAGUCCCCUCUCCUAUAGCUGCAUGUGGUCUGUUGCUCACACCAGCUCCUCUCCCCCUAACACUCCUACUCAGGGCAGAGUAGUACCUUUUCUCUCAGUUCCCAGAUGACCAGCCUCACAGGACAGCUGGACACCUCCACCUCCAUCACCCAAAAUGAAAGGGAGGAGCAAAUGAUCAAUAAACGUAUCCCUGC